GAAGGAAACUUUUGGCCUUGAUAAAAUAGCCCAACGCGGUCCUUCUUUCAUCUUCUUUUCUGCGCGGAGGAAAACCUUCACUAUCUCUCUCUCUUCAAGCAAGCGACCAUGGCGGAUGGAAGCAACGGGGGAGUUCUAAUGCUGGAAGCCCCACCGUCUUACGGUAGGCCUACCGGUUCUAACGCGGAAAUAAUCGACGCAUUGCCUUACAUUGAUGACGACUACGCAGACCCCAGAGUCAAACUUGAGGUUGACCGUCUCGUGGAGGAUGAGAUGCGUCGCAGCACCAAGAAGCCCACCGAUUUCCUCAAAGAUUUCCCUCCUCUUCCCAACUCCAAUUUCCAGCAGAACUACCCAAUGAUUGCGAGAGAGUACGAACGUGUGAGAGCCGGAAGACCUCCCGUUGCUCUUGAUAGAUCGCGCUACGAAUUGGAAAUGCCGCCGGCGAAUAAAAGGAACGACGAAACUGCUUGGAAGCAAGCUCUUCAUAGAGCUCAACACCUGCUGCAAUAUCAGAUUAUGAGGAUGGAAAAUUUGGAUUUGAUGUUAAAAUAUGGUCCCGAUACCUGGAAACAACACAACCAAAGAUUGGAAGUAUACUUAUCAAGAAUGCAGAAAUUAGCUCAGGAACAAAAUGAAAAGAUUGAAAAAGUAAACCGUGAAAGGAAAUAUCAUCAGCAAAACACUGCAUAUGAGCUUAAUGCGUUGUCCAUGCAAUGGAAGGAGCUUUGUCAGAAGAAUAUAGACAUCAGUGCUGCCUGUGCUUCAGUUGAAAAUCGCAUAAAUGAAUUGAAAAGAGGAGCAGCAGAAAGAGGCUGGAACUUGGAAGCUGUAACUGAAAAUGGCCAAUUGGCAAAAUCCGAAUUAUGAGAUUCGUAUGUUCUCAUCUAGUUUUGUAUCCGUAAUGAAUUUGUUCAGCCUAAAACUAUGCUAUUGUACCUCUCAAUGUUUAGUACAGAUCUGGGUUUCACUAAUCCAGUUCUAGUCCAGCCUACCAUCAUCCUCAUUUCCUCCAAUGGCUUCCAUUUCGACUACAUGUUCAAGUCCCCAACUCACAACAUCCACCGUUUAAUCCUAAACGGCACUGAGGCCGAAUUAAUAGCAUCAUAGGGAGGCUCGUUCAAGUUUUGGAACAAAGAGGAGUUAGACGUCCAAUGCCUGGUUAAUUGGUGCAAGGGUGCAAACGAUUCUUUGAUCCUGAAUCUAGAUCUGUGGAUUUGUUUACCUUUUGUGAUACAUGUUUUCAAUUUUUGUUUGUUGUGGAUUCAAAUUUGUUGCUGCUGUCAUAGAUAUUCAAUGAGCUAAUAUGUUGAAAACCUAAGGGAUGCAAAUUCUGCAGUUUUUAACCUCAGAAAAUUGUUGAA